CUACAGUUGCUAAAGUGAUUGACAAAUUUGAGGAUGAAACUGCAGAUGACAUUUUCCCUGUUGGUAAUAUAAGGAAAAAAGCUUCAGCCUCUCUCUUGGAAGCUGAUAAAAGGUACAGCGGAAAAGCUACAUCUCGCAAAGCCUUGCAAGAAGAACUCUGGGGAGAUGCUCUGUCUGAAGAAGGAUCAGCUGAUGAGGCAUUAGAUGAAUGGUACAGCGGCAGUGAAGAUGCAGAAGAGAGGGGCAGCCUGGGCAGUGAAACAGAGGAGAAGUCCGGCAGUGCUGGCAGUGACCAGGAGGAUGACCUGGAAGAGGAUGAAGAGACAGAGCCAUCGGCCAAGGCACCAAAGUUCAGUUUCCAGAAUGUCACAGACUUUGAGAAAUUUGCAGAGGGGAUGGAUGAUGUAGGAAGCAGUGAAGGGGAGGAUGAAGAUGAUGCCAGCAUGGAAGAAGGAAGUGAUGAGGAGGAAUCUGGGAGUGAAAGCCACAACAAUGUAAAGGAAACCAAAGACGGCGAAGAUGAUGGGGGAGUGAUGACAUUCUCAAAAGGACAAGAAGCUGAAGAAGUAGAAAAAGGAAAAGCUGUGAGGAACCAGCUAGCACUGUGGGAUCAGCUACUGGAAGGGAGAAUCAAGAUGCAGAAGGCACUCAUGACAGCCAACCGGCUUCCACAGCCAGACACUUACCCAACCUUCAGAAAGGAAGGGGGACAAGAAUUCGACAAUGCUGUCGAGAACUGUACUGCUCACUUUCAGGAGGGCUUCAGCUCCAUAGGUGAGCAGCCUGUGGAGGAUCCCCAGAAGUCCCCGUACGUGUGCCAGGCAGUUUUGACCGUCAUCGUAACGGCUCACACCUGGUCUGAGCAGGGUCGCCAACCGGCUUCUCUGGAGGUGCCGCAGGAUCCUUGCAUUAUUUACAUAGAAAAAGAGCGCAAGGUGCGAGUUGCUGUGCUGUGCCUCUGCGCGGGUUGCCUGCCCGCCAUUCAGCUUUCUGUGGAUGUCUUCAACGGGGAGGAAG